AGAAUGUCCCCCGCCCCCAGCCGCCCCCCAGCCUGUCCACAGGGGCUUGGGAUCAGCCAGAAAAGUCAGGAACUUCUCAGUGACAGGGCGGGGAAGCGGGCUCUCCCUGCGCGGCUGGGUCCAGGCCCCGGGAGAUACACCCACCCCCUGCACCGCCCGUCCACCGGCCACUGCCCACUGCUCCAGACUUUGACCUUGAUUUCCUGCGCUACUGGGUGGGUGGAGAUCUGAAGUCAACCCCCAGGAUCCAGAGCCUCCUGCGGGAAGUAGGUCCCUGCGGCUGGCUGGCCCCGCAGCUGCCUCCUUUCUCCAGAAGUCUGCUGCACCUGUGGGCGGGAUCCAUGCACGUGGUGGUGAUCGGAGCCGGGGUCAUGGGACUAUCCACCGCCCUCUGCAUCCACCAGCGCUACCACUCAGACCUGCAGCCCCUGGACAUGAAGGUCUACGCGGACCGCUUCACCCCGCACACCACCAGCGACGUGGCGGCUGGCCUCUUCCAGCCCUACCUUUCCACCCCUGACAACUCCCCAGAGAUGGACUGGAGCCAGCAGACCUUUGACUAUCUCCUGAGCCAAAUCCAUUCCCCCGAUGCUGAGAAAAUGGGCCUGUCCUUAACCUCGGGCUACAACCUCUUCCGUGAAGCCGUUCCGGACCCUAUCUGGAAAGACCUGGUUCUGGGAUUUCGGAGGCUGACCCCCAGAGAGCUGGACAUGUUCCCUGAUUAUAGCUAUGGCUGGUUCAACACCAGCCUAGUCCUGAAUGGGAAGAGCUACCUGCAGUGGCUGACGGAAAGGUUAACUGAGAGGGGCGUGCAGUUCUUCCUGCGGAAGGUGGAGUCUUUGGAGGAGGUGGCCAGAGGAGGCGCGGACGUGAUCAUCAACUGCACCGGGGUGUGGGCUGGGGCGCUGCAGCCAGACCCCCUGCUGCAGCCGGGCCGGGGGCAGGUCAUUCGGGUGGAAGCCCCGUGGGUGAAGCACUUCAUUAUCACACACGACCCAGAGGGAGGCAUCUACAAGUCCCCGCACAUCAUCCCGGGGAUCCAGAUGGUCACUCUCGGAGGCAUCUUCCAGCUGGGGAACUGGAGCGCGGUGAUCCAUGACCAGGACCGCGACACCAUUUGGAAAGGCUGCUGCAGACUGGAGCCCUCGCUGAAGAAUGCAAGGAUUGUUAGUGAAAGCGCUGGCUUCCGGCCAGUGCGCCCCCACGUCCGUUUAGAGAGAGAACAGCUUCCCGCUGGAUCUUCGAGAGCAGAGGUCAUCCACAACUAUGGCCAUGGAGGCCAAGGGAUCACCCUUCACUGGGGCUGUGCCCUGGAGGCAGCCAAGCUCUUUGGCAAAAUUCUGGAAGAAAGGAAUUUGUCCAGGAAGCCACCAUCCAGCCUCUGAGGACACCACCCUAUUCCCCUGGGCCAACUAAUCAACAGGCACCUGAUCAGUUCUUGCUUGCAACCCCCUCAUCCCACCCUGGAUUCUUUCAGUAAAGAAGGCUGAGGUGACAGGAAAACAUGGGUCCGUUCCUGAAGGAGAGUCUGGCCUGGAUGAGCACCCACCCGCUCUGGUCACUGAGGUCUCUCCUCUGUCUCUGGAUCUGAUGCUCUGAAGAGUCUCUGGGGCUAUUAUUCCACAAGUCCUCAGAAGAAAGGAAAGCUCAGAAAAUCAAAGAAGCCAGCUUCCUGGAGCCAUAGAAAGUUCAGGCUAGUUGAGAUUAAGUAACCUGAUUACAUGUCACAUUAACAUAUUAAAGGUUCUGAAAAAGUCCUGCA